AUGGGUAGCGACUCGAAGGCUGUGUCGUGGCAGGACAACUCGUACAAGAAGGAGCAGAAGAAGGGCUCUUCUGCCAAUCAACAAGGAAGAAUGACUCCAUCCUCUCCCGAAAUCGAGCAAAACUCUAACGAGAGCACUGAAGCCACUGAUCCCAGCACCGUCAACCUCAAAGCCAACGUCUUCACCAAGGUUGCCAACACCUUUACGCUGCUCUUCAACAAGGACACCAGCCGCUACGACCGCCGCCCCGAGACUCCCGCUGGAUGGACCACCACAGGCGAACUAGGCUGUCUGCGCGCCGAGCAAGAUGCGCAGUACGAGCUCAUGGAGGAACUGGAGUUGAAGAUUGAGGAUCUGAAGAAGGAGGUUGACCAGCAGAAGCUGCUUAUCAAAGCAUACGAGACCAGGGUCAGCCAGAACGAGGAGCUUCUGCAGCACUGCAUGCAUUGGAUCAGCAUGGCCCAGAUCUUUGGUGACGUACCUGUUUCCAAGGAGCGGAUGAAUUGGAAGGCUGGUCGAGACGCGGCGCUAGUUGGGCCCGCUGGGGAGGAUGAUGAGGAUGGUGAUGAUGAUGAUAGUGGUGGUGAUGAAAACGGAGAAAUUGUUGAGGAUAUCAAUAUCAACAAUGGCAGGGAUGGCGAGGAUAUCAACGGUGCCAAGGAAAUCAAAGAUAUCAAAGAUACCCAGGUUGGAAAGGCUGCCAAGGAUGGCAACGUCUUCAAGUGCAUCCACGCACUCAAUGCAGACAAGGGCAUCUAA